AUGCUACUUCUUAUACCCUCCAUCAUAGCUCUUGUUUCUGCAGCAGCUGUGCCCGAAUCAGUUGAUGUCGCUGUCAUUGGCGCAGGCCUGGCAGGUCUAACAGCAGCGCGCGAUCUUCUCAAGGCAGGCAAAUCUGUCCUUGUUCUCGAAGGGAGAGACCGUGUCGGCGGCAAAGUCUACAAUAAACCGUUGAAGAAUGGUGGUGUCACAGAAGUCGGUGCCGAGUUCGUGGGUCCAACUCAGGACAAAGUACUUCAAAUGAUUGCCGACCUUGGACUGGAAACAUUCGACACCUACAUUGAGGGCGAGACGGUACUGUACCUCAACGGCACAAGGUCAACUUACAACCCGGACCCCCAACUUGGUGGUGCACCGCCGCUCGAAGAAGCAGCACUCGUACAGAUUUCCACUACGAGAACUCAGUUGGACGCUUGGGCAGCUGAGCUGAAUGUCAGCGCACCUUGGUCGCACUCGAAAGCAUCUGAGUGGGACAGUAUCACCUUUGAUCAAUAUCUGGAUACAUUACACCUUGUGCCGGACGCUAGAUUCGCACUAGUCACGUUCUGCAAAUCCAUUUUUGCAGCAGAGCCACAUGAGCUCUCGCUGUUGUAUCUCCUGGCAUACGUCGCCGCUGCCGGAAACGAGACGACGGUCGGAAACUUGGAAAGAUUGAUUGCUACAAAGGGAGGAGCUCAAGAAAAGCGAGUAGUGGGUGGUACAGGCUUGAUCCCGGAGCGUCUGGCUAAGAAGGUGGGCACUGAGCAUAUUGCUUUCAACGCGGGUGUCUCCCAAAUCACCAGGACCUACUCUGGUUAUGACGUUGAGUCGCGCGCCGGCAAGGUCCACGCAAAGAGGGUGGUACUCGCCAUGUCGCCCCCACUCGUUAAUCAGAUCAGGUUCCAGCCGGAGCUUCCCGGAAGUCGCCAGCAUCUGAAUUCCGAUACCAGAAUGCCCGCGAUCGGAAAGGGUAUACCAAUCUACAAGACACCUUUUUGGCGUAAAGAAGGGUUGAGCGGGCAAGUCCUUUCUAACUCUGGCCCCGUGCGAGUGACUUUUGAUAGCACUCCCGAAGACACUUCUUUCGGCGCAAUCCUCGGCUUUAUCCUUGGAGAUCAGAUGCGAGCUCUUGACAAACUCAGCACGGAAGAAGCCCAGACGCAGAUCCUGGAUACCUUUGCGAAGUACUACGGCGAGCAAGCGAGAAACAUUACAGAAUUCGUGCUUCAACGCUGGGACUUGGAGGAGUUUUCGAGAGGCGGACCAGUCGCCAUUGCUCCACCGCAUGUCUUGACCAACUAUGGUUCGGCGCUGAGGGAGAGCGUUGACGGUAUCCAUUUUGCCGGCACAGAAACGAGUGAGUAUUGGGUCGGAUACAUGGAUGGCGCGAUUCGGAGCGGUGAGCGGGUUGCUAAAGAGAUUCUGGGUAGUACCUAG